GUUCGUCGGAAACAAAUAUAAACAAAAGUCAAUGGACUGGCACUGGACAAUCAUGUUUUAAAGUAAUAAUAAUUUUAACUCUGUCAAAUACCUUUCUAAGAAACAAAUAAUAUCAUGAACGAAGAAGAUGUUAAACAGUUGAAAAAUCAACUUUUGAUAGCGAGAAACGAAAUAAAAAAUCUUAGGCAGCAAAUUAACAAUUUGCAGUAUAUCUACCAAUCGGAUGUACAGAAAAUUAACACAGCUAUUAAGUCAUUUCAAUGCGAGGGCUGUAGAUCAUUAACCCAUCAGCAACGUUUGGCAACGAAAGCAAACAAUGGCUGCCGUGAAGAUACUAACGAAAACUCGAUUUUAUUAAAGCCAAUAGGAAUAAUCAGAACUGUGUUUCCAGAAAAAAGGGCGGUACCACGCCAAGCUAAUGUGGGAUCUCGGUUAAUCAGCCGUAUUGAGUUGAAUCUAUCUGUGUUUAAUAAUCCUGAACAUGCUUUCGAAGGUUUAGAAAAAUUUUCACACAUAUGGAUAAUUUAUCACUUCCAUCGCAAUCAGGCACACCACAAAGCAAAGGUCGCUCCUCCCCGCCUCAGUGGAGAACGUGUGGGAGUGUUUAGCACGCGGUCCCCCCAUCGUCCUUGCCCAAUUGGUUUGUCCCUAGUUCAGUUGGAUAAAAUUGAGAAUUCUACAAUUUUUUUCUACGGAACUGAUAUGGUGGAUGAGACUCCUGUGUUAGAUAUUAAACCAUACAUUCCGCAGUAUGAUGUCCCAUUCCAAUUUUAUGAACAACCAUUCUUUUCUUCGCGAGAAGCACCUGACGGAGAAGAGAAUUCAGAACCAAUCGCAUCUACCUCAGGAAACUGUACCAACGUUACUGUUCCUACUUGGGUUACCAAUAAUACAGAAAUGACGGUAAUUUUUAACAAAAACGCCAUGAAACAAGUUCAGGAACUUAUCAUUGAUAAAAAAUCUAUUGCAGAUAUACUUAAAACCGAUCCACGCUCGUUAUACCUUAGAACAAGGUAUGGAUCUCAAAUAUACACUUUUCAGCUUGGAGAAAAUACUGUAACUUGUAAAUUUGAAGAUAAAAACAACACUGUUAUUGUACUACAAGUACGAAAAGUGGUGAGUUUAAGCAACACGGAUACGCUAACUGAAGAAUAAAAGUUAGGUAUAUAAAUGGUAAUAAAAUGAGUUUUGGACGAUGACUUCCUGGAUUAAAUUACAUGUUAUGUAUUUCACAUGAUAACGAUAACAAUAAUAGAUUCACGGCAUUUAUCUAAUAUUCGCAGCAAGUUCUUGUAGUUAUUCUUUCUAGUCUUUGAUAUAAAUCUGAUUAUAGAAAUGCAAUAUUCACAAAAUGCGGCAUACUAUUACCCACGUUUCAAUAACGGUAUUCACCUAGCUCUCUUAUACAAA